GAGUGGGGUUGGUAAUAUAAUAUUGAUUGAUUGAUUGAUUCCAUCCAUUUGAGGAGGGGUAGGUAGCCUCAGUGUCAGUGGUACUGUGCCCGUGCCACUUCAGUCCCCGUUGAUACGGGUAUGGGGGAAGGGUUUUGGCGAGGCAACGAAAGGAAAAGAAGAAAGGAAAAUAAUACACUUCGAGCUCAUCUAUUUGCCCCGUACCACUCAACCCCCCGUAUGAUCAAAUCAUGACUAGGUCAGUAAAACCUGGAUGUCUUAGCGAUUGGGUGUAGAAAAAGCGGUGGUUGGGAUCUCGGCCGCAUGCGAGGAGGCUGGGAUUCAAGACAAGACAGAGACCGACUCAUGCACCUCACCACAUCAUGCGAGCUUCCCUUCCCCUCCAUUCCUCGUCUCUCUAAGUUUCUUCAUCUGAGUCGUUUGUCGCAUUCUUUUCCCUCUAUCCGCUAUUGUGUGUCAAACAUCAGAAAUCGCAUUCCUUCGUUUUUUAUAUUCGCUUUUUUUGGCUGCCGCAGCCUUAUCAGCUUAUCGGGCGACCUAUUUACAGGACUAUCCGAUUAGAUAACGAGCAAAGGCGUCCUCGUUGCCAUCUUGACCAACACGUCGUUCCUCGCGAUCGGGGGUUGGUUGCCCGGUUAAAAGAGUCUAGAGGCUGGUCUUAUCGCCUCGUUCCUUCGCUAUGCAUAUCCGCCAUGUGUUACGACCGGCAAUACCAAUCCUCGCCUUCUUAACUCGUUUCGCUCUCUCGGAGGCUCCGCUCGCAGACUCCGAACUCGCCAGCAACGAUACCGGAGUCGAAAAGCGCUGCGAAAAUCCCUGUGGCUUUUAUCACCAGGUCUGCUGUGAAGCGGGCGAAAAAUGCACCACGAACGGCAACGGCCAAGCAGUGUGCUCAGGAGGUAGCGGUGGCGGC